UUACAACGGAAAUAAUUAUUAUGACACAUUAAAGAAUUAUAUUAUAAGCCUGCGCAUGCUUUACAUUCACCGUUUCUCAAUUUUCGAUAACCAAGAUGCUUCUAAUGAGGAUAAGAUAAAACUAACAGAAGUGCAACAUUCCUUGCAAGAUACUAAACAAACAUUAUUCCAAAUGCGGCAAUCACUUGAUCAACAGAACAAAAAAUCUACGGAAUUUAGCACAGCUAUAGAGGAUCUUAACAAAAAAUUGUCAGACAUGAGACAAGUACAAGACCAAAUGCUUAUUGGAAAAAAUAUAACUACACACAAAGGAUUUCCUUCAUCUAAGCAAUUCUCCAAUAAUUUGUGGGUUUUGUUUUGUAUAAAUAUGUAUUUAGAGGAGUUAUCGGUUCUAGAAAUUCUUAGGAUAUCAAAACUGAACCGAAAAUUCCUCUAUUGUUCUGUCCAUUCCCGUAACAACGGCAAAGUUAAUACCGUAUAG